CAAGUUCAAAAUGUCAUUUACAUUUAUGAAUUUUAUUCUUUUAAUUUUUUUCGGAUCCUUAUUAAUUGUUUACUGUAGAGCAGAUGAUCAGUGUAAUGCAAUUUGGCCCCCUUGUAAUAACAUCGAGAAUAUAGUUUGUCGAAAUGGAGGUUCAUGUGAUCCUGCCCGAAAUUCUCAAUGUAAACCUCUAAAGAAUGAUGAUUCCUUCAGAGUGUGGAUAGUAGACCUUCAUAACAGAUACAGGAAUAAUAUUGCUAGCGGUAAUGAUACAAGAAAUGGUGCUAGUUCUGCUGCUAACAUGCAAGUGAUGAACUACGACUUUGACCUUGAGUAUACAGCAUCUUGCACUGCUAAUACCUGUACAGGAGAAGCUGACGAUUGUGGAAGAACUUUAAAUUUUUGGCAAAAUGGACAAAGCAUAGAAAUUGUGGAUGGCGGGGAAGACGCUUUAAUGGAUAUCCCUCAUCAAUGGUACCAGAGAAUAGAGUCGAUGGGUCCGAAAGGUUUUGACAAUUUUCGAGAGGAUCUUCCUUUGGCGUUCACACAGAUGAUAUGGGCAAACACCACAAAUGUAGGUUGUGCCAAAGCUCACUCAACCACACAAAAUAGAAGCAUCCUUGUCUGCAAUUACGGACCACCCGGAAAUAUUUAUGGAGAAAAAAUAUUCGAGAGAGGUGAGCCUGCCUCAAAGUGCCCAGACGGUUCUGUUAGGAGUAUGUAUUAUGAUUCCUUGUGCGGAACAGUGCUACCCCUUGAGCUCAUAAGACCCAGAUCUGCGUAUAAUGGCGUUUCUAAAAGUAUUUACCAUAGUCUUAUGACCAUCAUUUGUGCUCAGCUGUUGUAUUUAAUAUGUUAAAUAAUAUAUAAAAACACAUAAUAAAAGCUAAU